UAUCCCGCGCAUCCGGCUGAUGUUCAAGGCGGAUGAUCCGGAGACGUUUGCGCAGCGUGUCAAGUUUGCUGUGGACCUACGCAGGGAGGUCGAAAACAACUUGCGGUUCUACUUAUACUUGGAUUGUCUACUGCUGGACGGGCUGCCGAUGAUGCCUCUGCACUUCAUGCCGGCUGUGUGGCGCAUGGUGCGCGUACAUCGCCAGGCACGCUCGAUGGAUGAGGACCACGCGCAGGCGCUGAGGAAGGAGGCCGAGCUCCUAUACAGAAAGAUGGAGGGCAAGAUGAAGAUAAUAUACACGAUACAGAAGUACAGAGACUUGUAUAACUUCAUAGACGUGCCGACUAAAGAUUACGUGGCGCCCGUGCCUGAUUAUGGACGCUACCCGUGCGUGAUGGAAGACUUCCAAGGCAGGAUGGAGUACAACCAGUGGUACUCUCUGUACGUGCUCACGGAGGCUGUGUCCUGCAUACAUCUUGUCGUGGACGAGUGCUUGAAGGUGGAGUCGAUGCUAUUCUUUACAGCCAACUAUGGCCGAAAUGUGAGCUUAGCGGAAUUCGAUGCGGCCCAACAACAUUGCACCUCUAUGAUGCUUAAAUAUCUAAAUAUAACGUGGUUGAACAACACAGCGCAUGCUAUCAGAAUGUCCUUCAGGGAUGUCGGCAAAGGGUGGUACAAUAUUUACGAGAAGAAGUGGGAAUUCUACGGCGUUAGCAAGCUUUGUCGGUUCAUGCAGCUCGUCAGGUUCCGAAUGCAGUACGCCCUUCGCUUCUGCAUCGAACAAUCGAUGGCGAUGUUCGUUGCUAUGUGUGAAACCCCUUGUCUCUGCACCUACUGGUGCGAGGACGACUGGGAGUGGGACCCCUCGGACCUCAUCAACUCGCCCUUCCGCAGCGCGGCGCCCACGCUGUUCUACUUCUACCUCACCAUGGGCGCCGACGGGCCCUACUACACCACCAACCCGGCGCAGUUUGAGAUCGUAAUCCAGCGUUUAUUCCGUGAGAUGCUGUACCGAUGCCACUUCAUCCCGCAAGUGCACCCAAUGAUCAUGACCGGGCUGGUCUUCGAUAAGGAGCUGUUCCUCACUUCGAUCGGUCUUAUGGAGCCGAACGUGGUAGAAUACCGGGAUCGAUUGCUCAAGGCGUACCGCAAAGCCAUCAUCCCAUUAAUAGCGUAUAUGCGCCAGUACGAGUGCUACAAGGAAAUAUACUUGCUGGACAUCGAGGAGUACGUCGA